AUGACGUGGCUGGCCCUCCGACCAGCAGCCUUUGCGCGGGCCCCCCCCUUCGGCCUGACGUGCCGGCCGGGCCUGCGACCCUACUCGGCCGCGGCCGCAGCCGCCGGCGUCUCGGACCCGCUCCGGAUCCUGUUCUGCGGCUCCGAUGACUUCAGCUGCGCGGCGCUGGACGCGCUGGACGCCGAGAGGAGGCGGAACCCGGGGCUGAUCGAGUCGCUCGACGUCGUCGUCCGGCCCGGCAAGCUUUCGGGGAGAGGCAUGAAGAAGAUUCGCGAGGUACCAUUGAAGAGUCUCGCCGAGAAGCUCGAGCUGCCGAUUCAUGAGAGGGACACAUUCACCGGGUGGCAGCCACCGAAAGGCAUCAACCUCAUUGUCGCCGUGUCCUUUGGUCUCUUCGUACCCCCGAGGCUGCUCAACCAGGCCAAGUACGGCGGGCUCAACCUCCACCCGUCCUUCCUCCCAGACUUCCGCGGCCCUGCACCGCUCCAGCACACGCUCCUCCAGCGCCGCACCCACACGGGCGUCACUCUUCAGACGCUUCACCCCAAAUCCUUCGACCACGGCGCCGUCGUCUCCUACACGCCGCCCAUCCCCAUCCCGGAGAACUGCACGACGCGGGACCUGCACGACCUCGUCACCCCGCUCGCCGCUGAGACCCUCGUCGACAGUCUGCGGAGGGGGCUGCACGUGCCCCCCGUCAACGACAUCGGCUGGCGGCCCACCCCGGAGGAGUUGGCGCAGCAGCCGCUCACCCACGCGCCCAAGGUGACGAGCCACGACCGCCAGAUGGACUGGCGGUCGUGGUCCGCCGACGAGGUCCUGCUGCGCCGGCGCGUGCUGGGGCCCGUCUGGUGCGCGGCCUUCCACCACGACAGCCAGACGGUCAAGAGGGUCCAGUUCGGCGACGCCGAGGUCGUCGAGCGGCCGCACCUGAUGAAGCAGUACCAGCAGCGGUGCGUCCUGCGCAGGGAGAACAAGCUCGCGAGCGACGACUUCCCCGACGAGGUCCGGGACGUCAGGAUGGUCUCGUGGGUGUGGAUGCCGCGGGGCAAGACGGAGGAACCCGAGUCGUGGGAGCUCAGCUUCACGCCGUACUUCCUGGACGAGGACGGCAAGAGCAUCCUGAUCGCCACCCCCGGCGGCGAAGGCUGCCUCAAGCUGUCGACCGUCACGGUCGAGGGCGGGCGGCCGAGGGCGGCGGCCGCGGUGGUUGGGGACUUCAGCGAGGUCGUCAAGGAUGAGGACGACGGCCACGGGCCGGGCCAGAAGGGGAGCGACUGGCUGUCGUGGGUCGGGACGGCUAUCGUGGCGCUCAUCCUGGGCGGUUAG